UCGCCUCUAACUCGCACUUGACCGCAGCAUAUGUCUCAGCGGCCCAGCGUCCCGCACUCCUCUUCCGUAGCUUUCGCCCUCCACUCCCAUCUCCUUGUCUCCAGUGAGAUGAACCCCAACUCCAACUGGUAAUAGUUGUUGUUGUAGUCGUAGAAUUCCCUUUCCCUGCCACGUCGAGCGGAAGGAGCUUGCUUUCCCUUCGAUUCUGCCUAAAGUUGGGAUUUUGUCGACCCUUUACGCCUAAAGGAGCCACCUUGAGAAUUAUUCUUUGGUUGGUGUAAUUUUUCCCCACAUAACAAGAGAUGGGCCUCAAAGGAUUCCUUGAAGGAGGCAUCGCCUCGAUCGUCGCCGGAUGCUCCACCCAUCCUCUCGACCUCAUCAAGGUCCGCAUGCAGCUCCAAGGCGAGGCCAUCAGCCCUUCGGUCUCCGCCCUUCGUCCCGCUGCCGCUCUUCGCGGGGCCACCGGCAUGACCACCCUCCGCCACCAUCAUCCUGCCCUGACCCCGCCACGGCGCCCCGGCCCGAUCGCGGUGGGCGCGCAGAUCCUCCGUGCUGAGGGUCCCGCGGGGCUCUUCUCCGGGGUCUCGGCCACCCUCCUCCGACAGACCCUCUACUCCACCACGCGCAUGGGCCUCUACGACAUGCUGAAGAAGCGCUGGUCCGCGCCCGGUGACGGCGGGUCCAUCCCGCUCCACCGCAAGGUUGCCGCUGGCCUCAUCGCCGGGGGCAUCGGCGCCGCGGUCGGCAACCCCGCCGACGUGGCGAUGGUCCGGAUGCAGGCCGAUGGGCGGCUCCCACCAGCGGAGCGCCGGAACUACCGGAGCGUGCUCGACGCCAUCGGGCGGAUGGUCCGGCAGGAAGGAGUGGGGAGCCUGUGGCGGGGGUCGUCGCUGACGGUGAACCGGGCGAUGAUCGUGACAGCGUCGCAGCUGGCGACGUACGACCAGGCGAAGGAAGCGAUCCUUCGGCGGCGCGGGGCAGGGGCCGACGGGCUGGGGACGCACGUGGCGGCAAGCUUCGCGGCGGGGCUGGUGGCGUCGGCGGCGUCGAACCCUGUAGACGUCGUGAAGACACGGGUGAUGAACAUGAAGGUGGAUAAAGGGGCGGCGGCACCCUACGCCGGGGCGGUGGACUGCGCCCUCAAGACGGUGCGGGCGGAGGGACCCAUGGCGCUGUACAAGGGUUUCGUGCCCACCGUGUCCCGUCAGGGCCCCUUCACCGUCGUCCUCUUCGUCACGCUCGAGCAGGUGCGCAAGCUGCUCAAGGACGUCUGACCGCCACUCGCUGGUCUCAAACGCCCGACCGAUACGCCACAAUUACUUCCAUGAACGGCUCUGAUGAUGACGACGACAAUUAGACAGAUUAUUCCAAGUCUUAUUUACAGCUCCAUACGAAUACUACAAAAUUGUGUGUUCCUUAAUAUCCGUAGGAUGUUCCCAUCAAGAAAUGGUUAAACAAGAAAAGAAGUGACGUACAUGGAAGAGAUGCUUCCAACGGAAGCCCAACACUUUGGUCGCCCCACAUUUGAACUGGUGCGACUGCACGCGUUGUGUCUAUAUCCGAUGGCUUCGUGGAGGUAGCAAAGCCAAACUCGUAGUGGACGAAGCAUUCGUGGACUGGAGCGAUUGGUUAAACAGCAAGUCGUGGUGGGACCGUUGUUGGGAUCCCAAUGUGGCAUUAAAAGCAGUGAAUGCAUUAAAAAUGUUACUUACGUCUCAAUAAUUUAUGCCGAUAAACCACAGAAAUAAGCAUUGUUUUUUAA